GCAGCGACGGCAGUUUCAAGAGCGGCUGUUUAUAUCCGCUGAACGCGUAAAAUUGCGUAAAGUUUCCAACUUAAUGUAGUCCCAUUGAGAUGCUAUUUCUGGUGAUGUCAAAAACGCCAGGCGACAAAGGAGCCAAAAAAUAGUUCGGAAAUAAUGACUUUUGAUCGAAUCUACCGUUGAUGAUCAGUGCCACAAUGUCCAUGCUAUAUUCGAGUGAUCCAUCGGAAAAUGUGUUGUGUUCAAAUGAUUCGUCAGCCAACUGUGCACCAUGCGUUUGGACGAACCUCUCUGCGCCGCCCGCCAGCAUUUUGGAUAGCAUUCCAGUUUCAGAAGAUCCACGUACACAAGUGCUAAGAAUUUAUUCGUAUGGAAUGGCGCUACCGACAAUUUGCGGUCUCGGAAUCAUUGGAAAUAUCUUCAACCUCAUAGUGCUGACCAGGAAGAACAUGAGAGGAACUGCCUACAUCUACAUGCGCGUUUCCCAGUUAUCACUGAAAGCGGAACAUACAGCGAAACAGUCUAAAGAGCCCUGAAAAGAAGUGGCUCUGAAAUUGAGGCUCUAACAGCCCUAAUGUGAAAAGCACGCCCGCAGUGGGUGAUUCGAUAAACCUCUUACGAAGGGUUGGCAAAUGGAAUGUAACACCCACAUACACGAACGAUCAACAGCGAAUUAGUCUGGACGGCACCUAAUGGAAGCAAUGUUAUUU